UCCCCUCAGAACACAAUUUACCGCAACACUCCUUGUGUUGUCGUGACGUCUCCAAUCAGGAAGAGGAACUGGAUUCUGUCGUCAAAGACAACUUCAUAGUUGUGUGUGUUUAUUCUCUCGUCUUUAAAUAUCACGAACGCAAGCUACUAUGAUGCGUUUAAGACUGCUACCUCUGGUUUUGACUUUGUGGGCUGUUUCUUUCGCCGAUGACACGAACAGUAAGACCAACGCCACUAAACCCACCACAAACAAGAACACUUCCAGCAUCAAUAACGUUACAGAAGAGUCUCAGAAAAAUGCUGCCACCACCACCAACUCAAACGUGGGCAACGGUCUGGACGGCGCUAUGAUAAACAGGGCUCUGUAUGUUCUGAUCGGGAUCACAGCCAUCGGAGUUCUCUAUUUCAUAGUGAGAGCUGUCCGUCUGAAGAAAACUGGUGUUCAGAGAAAGAAAUACGGGCUCCUGUCAAGCUAUGAUGACACAAUGGAAAUGGCCCACCUAGAAAGCGACGAGGAUGACACCACUGUUUAUGAAGCCAAAUCUUUGAGAAGAUGAAUGUCUGGGGGUGUUUGAUACUGCCAGAAAUAUAAUACGAUCAAGACAAUCCCAUUAUUUCCACCAAAAUGGUUGUUGAAUGAUGUUGUUGUCAUGAGAGGAUCUAGUCACUAUGCUUGGAUGCCUUUUUCCAAGAUUAAGUGGAAUGUGUAGGGUUUAAACUAGAUAUAUUUUGGACUGAUAUGGCCAAAUAGAUCUUCUUGGACAUUUCUGGGAAGGUCAUAAAUUUUGUUGUGGCAGAAGGUCAAAACUGUGUUUUGUGCCAAAGUUACUUAUGCAUAAUUUUUAGGGGGUUUGAAACUCUUGUCGGAGUUGACGUGUGUUAAUUUUGUUAAUGUUUGGGCUAUCUGAAGUUGUCAUUUUUUAGGUGUACUGUCAAAUUAUGAUAGAUAUUAUGCCUUUUUUAUGUUUUCUUUCUUUCCUUGUUUUUGUUCUUUUCUUUGUGUCUUUCUUUCAUUAUUAUACUGGGACUGUACUGGGUAUUGAUUUCAGAUGUGAAUUAAUGAAUAAGUGUGAUAAAGUCACAGAUUCUGUGUGUAUGAUUCUGCCAAAUACCAGCAUAUGUAAGCGAUGCACUUUGAUUUUUAGGGUUUAGAAACUACAAAAGCAAAACGUGGUAUUAUAUGACAUGGUGACACUCCUGACGACUCAUCAAUGUACCAUUUCAAGAUUUUUGCAUAAAUAAAAAGGAAUUACUUUUUUUUUAGAGACUAAACAUUCCCACACAACGUUGGUUCCAAAUGUAGAUGUGCUUCUGUGUUCAGUGUUACUCAGCAUGAUAACUGAGGUUUUGUGAGUCUCAACCUGCAUUCUUUUUUUUUUUUUUUUGGGUGUGAUUCUGCAUUGUGUAAUGGUAAUAUUCAAUGUGCUGUGAAAACGGCAAGCCAUCUUGAGGUAUAUGGAUCCAAUAUCAGCAUUCUCAGAUUUCCAACUUGAACAUUUAAGGGGUGUGUAUGACAGCGUUGAUGACACGGUGUUCUUUGAAAUACAUUCACUGGUUAUUGAUGCUGUCAAAUACUGCUGAACUGAAAUGCAUGAACUAUCAGUAUCACUGUAUAAUGUACACAAUUUCAAUGAUUCCUGAAUUGUGCCUUUCAUUCAUUCACUUUUUGUACUUGCAUUUGAUUGGAUGUGAUUUGGGCUCUUUUGAAAUUAAAUUGUCUUCUCUGUUUUCA